AUGGUUGAAGAAUUUCUAGCAGAAAAUUUGUCUUCAACAUUGGUAGGUAGCAUCAGGAGAAUGACAAUAAACCAAACACGAAAUGGAAAUAAAAAAAAUUGCAAGUUGACAAUGACAAAGGCACAAACGCUGAAGGUUGGGAGUUGUUUGGUGUUCAGCGAUUUCACAAUGCAUGAUGAUUAUAACACAUGA